AGCAAGAAAUAUCUGCACUCCUGUGGAAUACUUUGCCCGAGUUAAACUUCAGUGCAGUGGAAAGUCUCAGACUCUUAUCUGAAACCCCAGAUCCCUUAUGUUUAAAUGAAACACUUCGCAAUCAGCAAUAUAGCCUUCUCUUUCUUUUCUACCUUGCUUUUAGUCAUGAAGACAGAUUUGUUCCAGAAACAGAGCUGUUCUCGGCUAUAUCGAGUUUUCUUCUAUCAGUCGAGGACCAGGGAGAUUGUCCACCUCCAUAUAUUGUUAAAGCUAUUUUGUACCUUCUGGCAAUUUGUCAACACAAGAGUAAAGCUUUAGACUUGGCUUCACUUUCUGCUAUAAGGAAAAUCCUGGAUGUUAUAUCUGAUUUCAGCCUAGUAUAUGUUCAUCAUCCUCUGGUGCUUAAGUUCUUUUUACAAUAUCCUGAUCUUAUGGGAAGAUUUGGUCACUGCAUCCUUCAACUUUGGUUUUCCUGUGAAGAUUUCUCCAAAAUUGAAUAUGAAGAUGCUGCCACAAAAGGCUCUGUUGGCUUUCCUGACUCUUCAAACAACUUUAAUAGUUUGCUUUGCAUGCUAAAAGACAAUCCCAGUGCUAUACUUGUAUUGUUGGAUCUAGUCUGCUUUGGCACCAAUGAAGUGGCUCACAAAGUCUUAAUUUCACUGAAAACUUUCUUAAGAAUAACUGAGGAUAUCCAUAUCUGCAAUCUUCUUCGAAGCCAAUUUCUACAGAUUUUACAACAGCUGUUAGUAGAAAAUAAUUCCAGUAUUUCACAAGUAUGCCAGAACUUGCCACUUUUGUUAAAUCUCCUCUUCCUGGUUCAGCUGAGAUAUGCAACAGAACGAGAGUUGGAUAAUACAGAUCUCAGAUUGCUUCGCUUAGUCAUCAAUUUGUCCGGGAAAUGCAGUCCAACAGACUCUGAAAUUCUUCAGCCAUCCCUGAACUUCCUUUACUGGAGCCUUCAGCAGACAAUUCCUUCCAGCCAACAAAUAGUGGUGGCAUUGUUACUUUCCAAUACAUCUUUGUUAGAGCUCCUUGAGAAAGUUCUCCAUUGCACCUGGAUGGCGACCUCUUUCUCUGAGCCUGUCUUCUCCUCAUCCAUUGAAUCACUUCUUUGUUCUGCUUGGCUUUUGACUGCUUCACUCUUGACUCAACAAAAUAUUUACAGUACAGAGUUUACUGUCCAGUCUGCAGGUGAACAGGAAAAGGAAUUGCCGUGGUCAAAAGAGAAUGCUUCUUUGUAUCCACUGGCUAUGUGGCAUGUACUGUCCUUGGUUGCCCGGUUACAAAACCUACUUGUCCAGAAGGACAUUUUGUUAUCACAGACUGUUAUUGGAUGCCUUGAAGUAUUGUUAGGAUAUCUGCACAUGAAAAAUCAGAGCACCGCAUGCCAUAUUGCCUCGCACCCAUGGAAUAAAUUUCUCUUGAUCACACUUUUAGAUGGUAAUGAGAAUUCCUUUCUUAACUCAGAAAUUCUUAGACUAAUUGGCUUGUUUAUGAAAUAUCAGGACAUCAGGACUAUUUCUGAAAGUGAAAUUAGCCAUAUCCUUGAAGAAGCAGCUCGUGCCAACUUGCUAGAACUUCCUACUGACACAAUCAAUGCUCUUCGCUUGUUUCUUCUUCAGCUUCAAAAUGUAAAGAAUCAAGUGGAUUCAAGCAAAAAAGCUGUAAUCCAAACUUUGUUGGAGAACCUCCCACCCAUAAGCAGGCAUCAGUGGACCCAUCAAGGCAUAGUGUAUCUUUUUUGGAGGAUGCGUAUGGAGAUAUUAGAGUGA